AUGUCUUCGCGCAGCGAAUCGCACAACCAGCCGGACAGCUUCCUGAACACGUGCGUGACCAUCGUGGCCGUCCUGAUUGUCAUCACGCUCAUCGUCAUGGUCAUCAUUCUGCUCAAGUGCUUCUCCGGCCGCGAGGACUGUCCACGCGCGGAUGGCCCCUACAACCCGUACAGCAACGUGUCGCUGACCUGCGAGUCCGAAGACUGCCGCGACUACGGUUCCAUGAUGCGCUCGAGCCUGAUCUCGUUCAUGGAGCCGUGCGAGGACUUCUACGAGUUCAUCUGCGGAGGCUGGAUGAAGGCAGCUCGCGUGCCACACGAGGAAGUGGUGUACAGCAGCCUGUCUGACGUCCACCGACGCGUGGAGAACGACAUCAGCGACAUCCUGAACAACACCGUGAUAUCGUAUCGUGACCAGACAGCAACGCAGAAGGCGUCAGCUCUUUACCAGGGCUGCAUCAACAUAGACCUCCGCAACAGCAAGGGUGUCAAACCCCUGGAAGACCUGCUCCGGUAUUUUGAGCUUGGCCACUGGCCCACUCUGAACCGGACGGCGGUGUUCCGAACAUUCUUCAUACUGGGCAACAUCAUCCGAGAGCUGGGUCUGGACGCCAUCAUGACAGUUCGCGUCGGGAUCGACUACCACAGCAGCGACAGAUACCUAGUCUACAUUGGGCAGCCGUCGUUCGGCGUAGAGCCAGUGGUGUUGAGGGGCCGCUUCCGGUCGCCCUUCUUCCGCAUCUUGCACCGGUACAAGAUCUACAUCUACCGAUGCGCGCUGCUCAUGGGCGCCACCGUAGCGGCAGCCGACGUCGUCAACGAGAUUGUCGCCUUCGAGGCCAAGCUGGCGGCCAUUAUGGAGCCGCCGGAGGCCAUCCACAACCCGAAGCGAGUCUACAACCUCAUGAGCCUGCGCACACUCGAAGGAGCCAUACCAGAGAUCCAGUGGACGUUCCUGCUCAACACCAUCCUUCGAGACGUGGGCGUAUCCAUGGAUCUGAGCGACCACGUGGUGGUGCUCCAUCCGCUCUACCUCAAGAGGCUCGCACGACUGCUCAAGGAGGUCCCCAGGCAAGAGCUCUAG